AUGGGGAUUGCUUGGUUACAAUCUCACCAAAAUUCGCCUAUGGCUUUCUUUAGCACUGCUUUAGCCUCCAGCUUUCUCAAUGGCGAAUUGACAGAGAUGCUUGUGCCGGAAGAUUUCCUUUACAAAUUGUCUUACCGGGAGGAGGAUAGGUUGGUUGUUGUAAUUAAAGAAGCUCUGUGGAGCAACCGUCAUAUUAAAUUGCAAGACGAGAAGGGUGAGAGCGUCUUUUGCCAUAGCGUUUAUCUUGUUGUUCAAAAGAUUGUUUGA